GGGGGAAGAAAGAGCUAUAUAUUAGGUUCGCAGUUCUUGCGUUGUAAUAGUCAGUUGAAAAUUAAAAUCCGAGGGAUAGAGAACACGAAGCGUACAGCGAUUCACUGGAAAUACUUAAAAGUAAGAGUGGUUUACAUGUCCAAUUGCGGAUGCCCCAUUUGAACGAUCGGUGCAAGUUCACUAACCUUCACGUUUUGUUCACGUGUUACACGUUGAAACUUGAAACACAAUCCAGUGCGUGUUCGCUGUCUAGCCUAUUAUUGAAGACAUUUUAAAAAUAAACUUUUAACUCUGGGUUUCAAAGGAUUUCAUCAAGUUAAUUUUUGUCCUCGGUUGUUUGACACAACUCUGUUGCUUUCGCCGAGGCAUUUGGAAAUUUUAAAUCAUGUUUGACGAAGUAAAUGGACUGAUGCGCCUCCGCGCUCUCGUUGACGAAUCGACUUUGGAACACCCGAUAAAGGAGGAGCUCCUUCUCUGCUUCCUUCGCGCGCGAAAAUACAACGUAGAUCGAGCCUUCAAAUCUCUCAAGAAUUAUCUCAAAAUGGUGAAGAACUAUCCUGAACUUUUCACCAAUUUGUCCGCAUUCAAAUUGCGUUUUCAGCUGAAGGAACAAUUGCAACUCGUUUAUAAAUCCAGGGAUAAGCAAGGCCGUCGUAUCUUUAUUUUCCGAGCAGGGCGAUGGAAUCCGAAGGAAUGCUCCCUAGAUGACAUAUUCCGCUGUAACUUAUUUUGCCUCCAACAGCUCGCUUCAAAUCUUGACUCUCAGAUAAACGGGAUUGUGGCCAUUGUUGAUCUCGAAAACCUCGGUCUGCACCAAGCAAGGCACUUUACGCCGAGCUAUGCCAAGAAAAUUGCUGAUUUAUUAAUAGAAACAUUUCCCAUAAGCUUUCAAAUUAUCCAUAUUGUUAAUCAAAAUUGGAUUGUUCACACCCUUAUGUCCAUUAUUUGGCCUUUCCUGUCAGCUAAAAUCCAAAAACGGAUGCUAUAUCACGGAUCUUGCUGGGCUUCCUUGCACGAAUACGUAGACGUUGCGGAUUUGCCAGAAGAUUACGGCGGUUUUCGAGAGCGGCUGGAUUGCUCAAAACUGCCUGACACAAAAGUCUCCAUUGAAGAAACUUGCAAUUUAUUCAACUUGAACUAACACUGUGAUUUAAAUCUUCCAUAAAAGUCAAAUAUCCCCCCCCCCCCUCCUUUUUUUAUUGAAAAUGUAAACUGAAUUGAUGUAAGCAAAUAAACGAAUGGGUCUUGAAACUUA